CACUGGGGGGGGCGGGGCCGCGCGGUGCGGCCGUGCCAUGUGUGCUGAGCGCUGCCCGGGCGCGGAAGCCGCCUCAGAACGGGGCAGCUGGCGCCGGGCAGCGCUGCGCCCUACCGGGCGGGCGGUGAACCGGGACCAUGUCCUCCGCGCGGCGCUUCUUCUGCGGCUAUUUCUGCCUCGCCAGCCGCGCAGCCGCUCGCCGGUCUCUGCUACUCUGCCAGCGGGCGGCGGGGCUGUCCUCCGCCCUCCUGGGGCUGUCGCUGCUCGGCGGCACUCGCCGCCGCCUCCUCGCCCUCCGCGGGCUGAGUCCCGCCAGCGGCUCCGCGGCAACAGGGCAGGGGGUGGCGUCGGGCGGCGGGUUCCGUCCGUCGCGGGUGGCGGUGGUGGUGAAAACGACGCGGUACGAGUUCGAGCAGCAGCGGUACCGUUACGCUGGGCUCUCCGAGGAGGACCUCAAGCAGCUGCUUGCCUUGAAGGGAUCUAACUAUGCUGGUCUGCUGGAGCGGCAUCGCAUUCAUACAAAAAAUGUGGAGCAUCUUGUAGACAGUUUACGGAACGAGAGGAUAGAAGUUCGCCUUGUUAAACGUCGAGAAUAUAAUGAAGAAACAGUUCGGUGGGCAGAUGCGGUUAUAUCAGCAGGAGGUGAUGGUACAAUGUUGUUGGCUGCCAGUAAGGUCUUCGAUAAAUCCAAACCCGUGAUUGGAGUAAAUACUGAUCCUGAAAGAUCGGAAGGUCACCUAUGCUUACCUGUGAGAUACACACACUCAUUUCCUGAAGCACUACAGAAGCUUUAUCGUGGUGAGUUCAGGUGGCAGUGGCGGCAAAGAAUCCGACUGUAUCUUGAAGGAACUGGUAUUAACCCCAUCCCUGUAGAUUUACAUGAACAACAGCUAAGCCAAGAGCAACACAGCAGGGCUCACAUAAAUGAAAGAUUCCAGGAUCAAAGAUCUGACAUUUCUGGUCCACAUCUUUUACCAGUGAGAGCCCUCAAUGAAGUCUUCAUUGGGGAAUCUCUUUCAUCCAGGGAGAACUUUAAAUCCUGCAAACCCAGUUUUAAAUUCUCGCUUCAUAGGGCCUCCUAUUAUGAGAUAUCAGUUGAUGAUGGUCCUUGGGAAAAACAGAAGAGUUCGGGACUUAAUGUGUGUACUGGAACAGGAUCGAAAGCAUGGUCCUAUAAUAUUAACAAGAUAGCACAACAAGCUGUUGAAGAGAUUCUUCAUAUCGCAAAAAAGCACGGACGUUUGAAUAUGCCAUUGAACACAGAACUAGUACAGAAAGUAACAAAUGAUUACAAUGAGUCCUUGGUCUACAGUCCAGAAGAACCAAAGAUGUUUUUCAGUAUUCGAGAACCUAUUGUAAACAGAGUUUUCUCAAGUAGCCGGCAGCGUGGCUUCUCUUCAAAGGUCUGUGUCCGUUCCCGCUGUUGGGAUGCGUGUAUGGUUAUAGAUGGAGGAACAUCUUUUGAGUUCAAUGAUGGGGCUAUAGCUUCAAUAGUGAUUGAUACAGAGGACGCACUGUGCACUGUUCUGCUGGAAGAAUGAAGGACACUAGUGUCUUCUGCUGAAACAACUUUGCAUCCAGAGGGAACUCCUGGGGAUAGACAGCACAUCAUAAUGCUGCAUUAUGUUGGAAGUUGACCUUUCUGGAUGCAAGAGUAUUUGGAGGAAGUUUGAGAUGCUUUUCAUUCCUUUGGGUUGGGGAAACAUUAGCCUGAUUUUUAACUCUUUUUGCAUCUGGUGUGAAAGAAAUAUAUCUGAAGUCACACCACUAACCUCAGUGAAAACUGACAUUGUCACUUGUAAGGCAGACAUGAAAGAAUAUACUUUUAAACACAGGUAGAUGGAUUCAAGUAUUAAGUCAGUAGCAUUAAGUAUCCAGAUGUACAUUUUUUUAGUAACAGUCUGGGACUGAUGAAACUAAACACCUUCAUACAUAUACUUUUAUAGAAAAGUUGACUGUCAAUCUAGCAAUUUGAUGCAAGGAUAUAUAGAUUUUGGUAAAUCCUGAUGUUGAUGUAAUAGAAAUGGAAAUACAGACUUUUUGUAUACUUUUCAAAAAAUUUACAACUUUGUAGUUUCUUACAGCUUGUGACAUUUUUUUUUUUCUCUUCCAAUAUUUUUUCUACUUGUAGAUUAACAUCAGAAGUAAAAAUCGGGUUUAAUCACAUCUUGAAUAAGGUAGCUCUUUUCUUUUUGGCUAGAGAGGGAACUGAAACCUAAGGGCUUUAUUAAGCCCUUUCAUAAAAAUACAUAAACUAUAAGAAACAUCUUGAAGUGAGAUAUACUCCUUCACUGAAUGGAUUAGUUAGCUCGUGGGUGUUCAGUCACAGUGUGUUCAGUAGUGUAUGUAGGUAGCUAUAAUUAAAAAAGAUAUUUGGCCUUAGUAAGUUGAAUGGUUUGGAAGUGAAGAAGAAUGAGAUGUGCUGGGUGCUAAUAGUUGGAGCACAAGCUCAUACCUGUAUGUUCCUGGUUUUCCAGUUAUGGGUUUUUAAAUUCCCCAGAAAGUUUAGAUUUUGAGUCCUAUGCAGAAUUUUACUGAUACUUAAUUGGCAACAGGUUAAUUUCAAUUUUAUAUGCCUCUGAUCAUGAGAUAGGUAAACAGGUUGGCAAUAGUAAAAAAGCUCAAAUAGAAGAGGAGGAAGUGACUUUAGAUAAUGUUUUAGAGAAACUGUGAACUAUGACUGCCUUUGAAAGUCUGUGCUGAUAAUUGCAUAGAUAAGGGGGCAGAAUUUGAUGAAAUGAAAAUUCCUACACAGGAACUCUUCUGCUACAUGACUUGAAGCAAAUUUAUUUUCCUAUCUACUACCAAUCUAGUUCCAAAAGUGAGUUUUCUAACUACUUUUGAAUGAAGAGACUUCUGUAACAGAUGUUCUCAGGGCUAAUGGAAAUGUUCUCCAGUGUGGCCAGUAUUUAUUGCCGAACAAAAUGUAAACUGAUAUCUAUAGGUAAAGAAAUUGGAUAGACUGUUUUUUUCCUUCUACUGUUUUAAGCAUUUGUAUUCACUCUAAACCAGAAUUUAAAGAAAAUUGAUUUGACCAGACCAUUCAAUUUUAGGAAAAUGUGAUACUAAUGGAGCUUUUUGAGUAAGCUAUCACUGUUUGUGUAUGUUUCACCUUUUAAAUGUGCUACAGAUUGAGUUAUUUACACUCUCUGCUAAUCACAAUUGCAGACCAGAAGGGGAAAAUCAAAGUAGCCAAAUAACUCUUUAAUAACUUUGUAAGUUCAGGAACUAUCAGAAUAAAGCUCUUAAUGCCUAAAAUUAUUUGCAAAACUGAUCUAAAUGUAAAGAUGCAAAAGGCUGAUCUUUUAGAAAGUUGUCUGCACGGAGACUGGGGUGUUUCAGUUAUUCCUAAUCCAUCUGUAACCAUUUAAGGAUGGUUUAUGUGCCUCUGUCUAGUACACUAGUCAAUAUACUGUUAAGAUUCAACACCCCUCUCCAAUACCAUUGUGUUGAAAGUCAUAAAUUAAUGACUUUUAUGACCAAUUUAUAACUUUCUAGGACUUUACCAGUGUGUUAGAUCAGAGGUUUAGGUAUUGAAAGUGUACUAAAAUACCUGCAUAGACAUUCAUGGCAGAGACCUUGGUUAGAGACAUUUGUAUGCUUUAAUGUAUUAAUGGAGACUGAUUAGUCUGAUCAAGGUGUAUAUGUUCAGACUUAAUGAUGCCUGUCAUUCCUUGUUACCAACAUUAAGACUAAAAGAUGAUGUUUUCAGACCCUGCAGACUCAAAAGUAUGAUCUGUUUAGGGCUUAGUAAGAGAUUUCAGAGUCAGAUUCCUAAUUUACAUAGCAAAAUGCAAACCUGACCUAUUCAUGAGUGGCCUGUACUGGUUUUGGCUAUGUUUAAUUGCACUUCUGUUGAAGCAUUUACUGGUGAAUGCUUGAUUUAAGUAACCACAAUGAUUCAGAGAUCUAUAAUAGAUAAACAAUAA